CCAAACCCAUUGGGAUCGCUUUUUAAUGAAAUAAGUCUAUAAAUACAUUUAUAAACAUGUCUAUAAAUAAAUCCCUUAAUAAUCUUCGCUAAUAAAGAUUUUCCGUUUACUAAAUCUACCUUAUCUAUCGGACAAAUAUAAGUUUGAAGUAUUUUCAUCAAUCACCUUUGGUGACUACGUAGUUAACGAGAUUUGUUAAGGAAGAGCCACGUCAUCGUCAAUCUUGCUGACAGUUGCUGAUGUGUCACAACACUGUCUCUUGUUAUUGUUGUUCAGAUCAACACAACUCUUCACGAUGAAAUGAUGAACACACAAUGAGUUCACAAAUAGUAAACAUUUACUAAUUUACAAUGGUACUCUUACGAAAACACUUUUUCUUGCUAAAACUAAACAGAUUUCAAAAUACUUCGUAACACCUCAGACCAUAUCAGAAAACUAAAACUUCAUCUCAUCCGGACUUUUCAAUAUUGUUCACUCCCACGGUUACAUUGUUUAUCUGUCAGUUUAUGUAAUAUUUUGAAGUAACCCAUCAUUGCUGUCACAAGAUGAACGAAGGUCCAGAAAACGAGCGGCUUUUGGACAUGUUAUUUAAUACGAACGACGGAAUUCUUAAAGACGAAUUUCGUUCUGAUCCUUUCGAUAACAUGGAUUGGCCUACUUUGGAUAUCAAUGACAAUUUAACAUUUGAUACAGAGUUUGAAGAUCUGUUCAGUGAAAUCAUGGAGAUUGCCAUUCCAUCAGUAUCCAGUAAUCCAGUUGACUCAUCACCAGAUUCAUGUUCUCUCUCUCCUAUUCCAUUGGCCACAACCAUCACAUCUAAAGAAAUUGAGAUGCAGACAAACCAGGAAAUCACAGAAGCCAUCUACUCUGACCAUGACUAUGUACAACGUUCACCAUCUUCUAGUGACUGCAGCAUCUCUCAAAAAUCAUGCUCAUCACCAGUUCCACAGUCAGUGGAGAGUGAAGAACUCAGUCCCACUUCUUACAUUAGCAAUGCCGGAGAAGGAGAGGAAGAGGAGAAAGAAGAAAAUGAAGAGGAGUUAGAUGCAGAGCUUGCAAACCCAGAAAGCAAAGACUCAUUCUCUCAGAGCUACAGCAAUAUAAACUUGAAUGACAUCAGUAAUUUAGGAUUAUCCAUAGAAUUAGGUUCUGGUGGUGAAAGUAUCUCAACUAACAAUGCCUGGGUGCUUAACGAUAAUGUUGUUAGCACUGAACCUACGCAGACAAUCAAAGUUAUUCGCUUACCUUCCGAAAAAACGUCUGAUUCUCUGUCAUACACCAUUAAACAUGAUUCUCAGUCAACAUUAACAGCCAAAAAUAAUGUGAGUACUUCUUUUUACUGCAUGGCUAUUAUUAUUAUAGGGCAGAAAGGGUGUGUGUAUUAUUGCCUCAAGUCAGCCUUGUUUAAGCAUACCUAUGAUAAAAGGCUUUCUAGCCAUGACCCAUAUGUUUAAAAUUAUUAUAGCUAA